UUUUUACUCUCUAGCUGGGCAGAUGCUCAAACUCAAAUACAGAACAUUGCUGCUUCUUUUGACCAGGAGGCAGCUGCCAUUCUGAUGGCCCGGCUCGCAAUAUAUAGAGCAGAGACAGAAGAAGGGCCAGAUGUGCUGAGAUGGCUGGACAGACAGCUCAUUCGACUGUGUCAGAAAUUCGGAGAGUAUCACAAAGAUGAUCCAAGUUCCUUUAGAUUUUCAGAAACCUUCUCUCUCUAUCCCCAGUUUAUGUUUCACUUAAGAAGAUCUCCUUUCUUGCAAAUUUUUAACAAUAGUCCUGAUGAGAGUUCAUAUUAUCGUCACCAUUUUAUGCGCCAAGAUCUGACACAGUCUCUAAUCAUGAUUCAGCCCAUUUUAUAUGCAUAUUCUUUUAGUGGACCACCAGAGCCAGUUCUUCUUGAUAGCAGCAGCAUUCUUGCAGAUCGGAUUCUCCUCAUGGACACGUUCUUCCAGAUUCUGAUUUAUCAUGGUGAGACCAUAGCCCAGUGGCGAAAGUCAGGAUAUCAGGACAUGCCAGAAUAUGAAAAUUUUCGCCACCUUCUACAAGCCCCAGUGGAUGACGCACAGGAGAUUCUUCACUCCCGGUUUCCAAUGCCAAGAUACAUUGACACAGAACAUGGAGGCAGCCAGGCUCGUUUCCUCCUCUCAAAAGUCAACCCUUCACAGACUCAUAAUAAUAUGUAUGCCUGGGGCCAGGUAAGUGUCAGUAGCAGUCUUGGAAAUUGUUUCUUUGUGUAGUCAUUUGUCAUUGUUUGUUCUUUAAGUAAAAACUACAUUUCCCCCUAUGUAUUUAGUGAUGUUUUCUGUUUAAAAAAAGUUAUGAGAAAAUAAGAAAAGAAAAUAGAAAUCAUAUUUGGUAGCAUGAUAGAAAAACAAAAAAAGGUGAUUCAGUCACAUAGCUAGAACCAUAUCAUAGUCCACCUUAAGCCCCAUUCUCUCUAGACAAAAAACAAUAAAGUUUUAAGAUAGGAAAGAAUGAUUCAAGUCUGAUAUGAGACUGUAAAUGCAAAAGGCACAAGAAGUUUGGAGAGUAAGGAAGUCUGGCAUAUUUUAACUUGAUUGUGGGUCUGAUCCCUCUCCCCUUUUAAUUAGCAUACAUUAAUCGUACAGGAGAGGCUUCAUUGUGACAUUUCCACUCGUGUAUGUAAUGUAUCCCAAUCAGUCUCACUUUUUCUGUCAUACUCCCUUGUCCCUCUCCCUUUUAAAACAAUUUGAGCAGUUGUUGGAUUUUUAAACACUUUCUGUUUUCAUGCAUAUGAAUGAACUAGUCCCUCCUCUUGAUGCCGCAUGCCAACAUCUCUCAGAUGUUCAGUAUGUAUAGCACCUUAU